AUGGAUGACUAGACUGUAAAAUAAAAAAAAAAUAGAAAAGUAAUAUAAAAAAGAAAUUUAAAAAAGAUUAAGUAUGGUUAAAUGUUAAUACAAGAAUUAGAGUCAACGAAAUUAUUUUAAAUAGCAGGAGAUAUUACGCUAGAUAUCAACCAACUUUUGAAUAAGGAUCAUAUCACAUUAUUCUCUUCGUGGAAUGACUUUAUUAAGGUAAAAGAAGUCAAAAAAAUAAAAUAACCUCAUCUUAUCGAAGUCAUCCUUGAUACAGAUGUUUAAAUUAGAAGUAAUCUGAAAAUUCCAGUAAAAAUUCUCAAAAAUAGCCAACAAAUUGAUCUUCUAGAGCUUGCUAAUUUGAUUGAGGAGUAUUAAAAAAUAGUCAAGGCAAAAUAGUUCAUAGAAAAAAAAAAUUGUUAGAAUAUACAAGAAAUUAAGAUUAAAAUAGAAGAGGAUUUAAAUGAGCUUGAUUGCGAUGAGUAACAUGGAUGGAGCUUUGAGUAAAGCACAAUAAAAGCAGAACGAGUAAUUAAUGAAUUAAAUAAUUCUAUGAAAGAUUCAGAUGAUUAUUAUUCCUACAUAUUAUUUAAGGGCAACAAAUAUGAUUAAACUAAAUGCAGAAUAGGCUACUCUACUCAUAUAUUAAAAGACUUUUUAUGCUUAAAUGAUGAACAGAUAGAAUCAUUAAGUCUUAGAAAACCAAUUAUAUUUAAUUUAAAGUACAAUUAUUAGUAUACUUCUUAUUUACUAAACAGGAUUCAUAAUUUAAAUAGACUCUUAAAAUAAGAAAAGAGUGAUUUGGAUAAUUAUAGGAAAGGGCUUAAUUUUUUAAAUGAAGUAACUUUUAAUUUAUAUAGCAUAGAUAACUUCGUAGUUGAAGUUAAGUUUAAGCACUAUUUAUAUGUCUUAAGUAACUAUAAAAAUAAAAUGGAUGAUGUAUUAUGGGUAGGCAAGUGUAUGCCUGUUAGAGAUCAAUCAGCUUCUUAGGUUUUAAAAGGGAUGCGAAAUUUAAAAUAAUGUUUCAGCUAAGAAUAAAAGCAAUAGACUAUGCUAAAUCCCUAAGUAAAUAAAAAUAUCUUUUGUGAUUCAAACUAUGAAAAAUAAUCAAAAAUAUUAAUAAAUAAAUUCUAUCCUUAAUUUAAUAAUGAUAUUCUUUUUGAUAUUUAAGAAUAUUUGUGA